CGUACGUAUCCGUGGUGCAGCCAUUUUUGUUAGGCCUACUUGCUGGAGAAGUGGCGAUCCCUUUUCUCACCUUUUGUUCCGUACUCUGUCUGAGAAACACGCAAAUAUUCAUUCAUCAAAAUGACUGAGCCACUGUACACACCCUUCUUCGGCAUAAUGGGUGCUACUGCCGCCAUGGUGUUCAGUGCAUUGGGCGCAGCCUAUGGAACGGCAAAAAGUGGCACCGGCAUUGCAGCAAUGAGUAUCAUGAGACCAGAACUCAUCAUUAGAUCUGUUAUUCCUGUUGUCAUGGCAGGAAUCAUCGCGAUAUAUGGUGUUGUUGUUGCGGUGGUUAUUGCCAAUUCGCUCUCCGAUUCGGGAUAUUCGCUAUACAAGAGCUUCCUUCACCUAGGUGCUGGACUGAGUGUUGGCCUGAGUGGUCUGGCGGCAGGCUUUGCCAUCGGCAUCGUAGGCGAUGCGGGUGUACGAGGCACAGCACAACAACCUAGGCUCUUUGUCGGCAUGAUUCUCAUCCUCAUCUUUGCUGAAGUCUUGGGCUUGUACGGUUUAAUCGUCGCCUUGAUCCUGUCGACCAAGUGAGCAGAGCGUUUGGGGUCAGCAGUAGCGGGUACAUAUUCUCACAACAAUAUUAAAAAAAAAAAGAAGAGAAAAACGACACCACAAAAAAUUACAAAAUUUUUAGAAACCCAUCGUCUAAUGUCCCGGCUACACUUUGAUGCGUUGCAUUCAUGAGAGUGUUUUAUUGAAUCCCUUACAUGACAUGUAAAGAUAAGAAAUCACUACAAGUUACAAAAAGCAAUGGAAGAUCCUGUGAUGUUCACUUUAAUAUUUUAAGUGUGGCCUCCCUGUGUUAAAUGUUAAUGUUAAAGUGCAUGUCACAGGUAGAAUAUAUUGUAAUAUUAAAGAGUAUAACCUUCCCAUUGUACAGCCAUUUCAGUUUUGUUAAAGAAUUUAAUGUCAUGUCAUUUUUUUAAAUGAAAUUAUAAAUCAACCAUAAGAAAAUUUGGAGUUACAGAUUAGUUGCAAGGAAUUUAAAGCAAGUGUGAGAUAGAGGGAACCUACACGCGGUAGGGUGAUUGCGUGCCAUGCAAUGCAUAAGGAGAUAUUUAUUCAACAAAAAAUUGAGAUGGUCUAAACAAAUUAUGAAUGCCACAAAAAGUCUGAUGCGCAUAACGGGGGAUGGCAGACAAUGGCACAAAAUCAUAGUGAAAAUCGGUGUUACACAAUUUGACAGUACUUGUUCCUACAUUCUCUUACUAUUUUUAGUUUACAGUUUGCCCAUUAACAAUUUCUUGGAUAAAAAUAUUUUUGAAGUGUUAUCUCUGAAAGAUUUGGUUGGUUAUAAACUUGGCAAAAUUCAGAUUACGAACAUUUGAAACAAGUAACAAUUUAAUGUACUUGUCGGUAGUUAAAAUUGUGGCGAGUUGAUUACAGUUCCUCUGUUUUGUUACAUUUCAGAAGGGGUCAAUUUUACAAGUAGACAGAAUUCAUUUGUUGUGUAUAGAAUUGUAAAUUGUCCAUA